AAAAAAUUGCACUUAAAAAUUAUUGGAAAAUUAGAUCAGUAAUAGAUUAUUUUAUUGGUGUCCUUAAGAACAUUUUACCUAUAUCAGUAUUCUUUCUGAAGAUUUUAUAAAGACCAUUAAUAAGGAACACAGUUUACAUUGUAACCCAGUACAUGCAAUAUACACACACACAUACGUGUAAAACAAAUAAAAUGGAACCAAGUGUUUUCUGACUAUACUUAUUACAAGAAAUGGUAUUUUGUUUUAUAUUUAAGUUUUAAUAAACACAGGUGGCAACUGUCACCCAUUGGUCUUGAAAUCAAGUCAUACUUGGCAGUUCAUAAGCCAGUGGUCCAACUAAAACUGAUCUGACCACACUUUUCCUAUACUGCCAGCUAGAUCUAGGGUCUUAUAUGUCAAAACAAAUCCUUGUAUGCUUGCAGUCUUUGACUUCCAGCUAUCUCAUGAUGGUCCUUCCAGGGGCCUGACUUUUGGCUCUGACAUCUCUGUUCUAAUCAGCAGUUCUAGGACUAGCAAUUCAAUCCUUCCCAGGGAUAUCAGACUCUAGGCCUGAGUCUCAGCUAUUUGCCCGGGACCCUGCUCGCUUCUCUAACUCUUUUAAAUCUCUUUCCCCAUUAGCUUGGAUUCAGCCAUGUUAUUCUCUUCUUGUUCCUGAUGUACAGCAAUGCAGAGACUUUGAAUAGUGUUUCAUGCCUGGUUUCAAAGCAUUGGACCAUUGCCUGUUUUUCUACUGAAAUACUUCCAACUGAUUGGAUAUUCUGAUAUGAACAGUGGCAUGAAUGAGUCAAACACUGUUGUGCCAGAUAAGACAUUGCAGCUAUGCAGACAGCUAUUGUGGCUGCAUUUGGUCUCCCUGAAGGGCCUUCCGUACUUCCAAUGUGUGUGGUGCUGCCUAAAUCUGGCCUAGUCUCAACUGUCUUGUUUCUGUGAUGAUAAGGUCCCAUCAUGACCUACUCUUGAGCACUGCCACGGAGUCUUGAUUCUCUGAUCCAGUGAAGAAUUUAGGAAAGGACCAGGACUUGGAUUAUAACAUGAUCUAAAAUGGUCUCUUAAAAUUCCCUUCCUACUUAGAAGGAUGAUAAAGGAUCCCUUGAAAACAUAAAGUAAAAGUUAAUUAUUUUUUCUGCUCCUUGAUGAAAUGAAAGUGAAAGUCUGCUGACUGAAAAGUAAACUAGAAAAAAGAAAAUCCUAGGCUUUCUACUAAAGGCAGAACUCUGUAUUUUUUAAAAUCCAUAUAACAUGUAAGCAUCCUUUUCAGAUAGCUUCAGUAGGAAGGUUGGGAUGGAAAUUUAGAAAAUCAAGUGUCUUAAAUGUUUACGAGAAUUGUUUUAAAUUAAAUACAUUUGUUCUUCCAAUGAGAUCUUCACCUUCAGGAUGUGGUGCUUCAUCAUAGUUAAUCAUAGUCAACUUUUGAUUGCUCUAUUUAUGCUGAUAUGUGGACAGGAAUAAACAUUAAUGGGCACAGAAAACCAAACCUGUUUUACUGAAUUCAUCUUGCUGGGGCUUUCCUCAGAUCAGCAGACCCAGAUCCUGCUAUUUGUGGUAUUUCUCACCUUCUACCUACUGACUCUGUUUGGGAAUCUGCUCAUCAUAGUGCUAAUUCAUGUUGACUCUCGACUUCAUACACCAAUGUACUUUUUCCUUAAAAACUUGUCAUUUACUGAUCUCUGUUUCUCUACAACGAUCAUCCCCCAGAUGCUAUUCCAUUUGCUAGUAACAAGAAAGACCAUUUCUUUUGCCAGGUGCUCCAUUCAGAUGAUUGUGUUCCUAGUAGCUGGGUGUACAGAGAGUUCCCUCCUAGCAGUGAUGUCCUAUGACCGCUAUGUGGCUGUCUGCAAGCCCCUUCACUACUCCACCUUCAUGACCCACAGGAUUUGUGUCCACCUGGCCAUAGGAUCUUGGGCCAGUGGAGCAUUUGUGUCUCUAGUAGACACGACAUUUACUUUAUGUCUUUCAUACCACAGACAGAAUGUAAUUAAUCAUUAUUUUUGUGAACCUCCUGCACUCCUGAAGUUGGCUUCAGAAGAAACCUACAAAGCUGAGAUGGCCAUCUCUUCAAUGGGUGUGCUAAUUCUCCUUGGUCCUCUCUCCUUCAUCCUUUUCUCCUACUGGAACAUUAUCUCCACUGUGGUUCGGAUACAGUCAGGUAAGAGGAGGCUCAAGAUCUUUUCUACCUGUGGUUCUCAUCUCAUUGUUGUUGUCUUCUUCUAUGGCUCAACAAUAUUUACCUACAUGCGUCCAAAUUCCAAGAAAAUGAAUGAGAGGGAUAAGGUGGUCUCUGUAUUCUACUCAGUCAUAACGUCCAUGAUGAACCCAUUCAUUUACAGCCUGAGGAACAAGGAUGUGAAGGAGGCAUUUAGGAAAGUAUUUGGAAGGUAGAGCCUCUCAGUGGCAAUGAGAUUUAUGUUGAUAUGCAGUCGUGGGGAUGAAAAAUUCCAAAGUGGUUCAACAUCUUUAACAGCUUUAUCUCUGAACUAUUUCUAGCCCAAUAUAUCAGUAAGAGUCAUACAGUACCCUUGUACAUCUAGGAUGUUUUCAAAUUUGUCUACUGUGUCUUGUUCAAUCUUAUUCUCUGUGGUUGCAGCUUGCUUGCCUCA